AUGCGAAAUAAUGAAAUUAAUCUUAAAAUCGAAUCAUUAGGAGUAAAAUCACAUAAAUCAACAGCUAAGGAGCGUUUUAAAAAUGUUCAAAACGUUUCAGAGACUAUAGCAUCGUGUGAUAAGAAAAAAAUACAAAAUUCAAAUGAAUCUACCAACAAAUCUCAUAUACGAGCUUCUAAAGCUCGAAAAUUGCAACUACCAAAAGAUAAUAAUGGGGAUAAUUCCACGAAUAUUAAAUUAAUAGUAAAAAAAGAAGUAAAUGGUUCUGAUAUAGAAAAUCAAGAAAACAUAUGUCAAAAAAAAAUUAUUCCCCACAAAAUAAACAAAAGUUCAAAAAUGUUCGAAAAUAGUCAACAUAUCAAACGUAAUAAAAGUAAUAAAAUGAAUAAAAGUUGUUUUGCAAAUCAACAAAACAUAAUCAACUCCAAAAAUAAUGAAAUUUCCCCCAAUCCAUCAUUUAUGAAAAUAAAAACAAAUGAUGAGUACCUAAAUGAACUUUUAAAAAAAAAAGACAUAUUAAUUCAAUCAGAAUUCAAAUAUGAACCAAAAAAAAAGGAAUAUAAUAUGUCAUCUCCAAUUGUUAAAUCUUCAGAAGAUACUUCAAAUAGUAGUGAUGAUAUCAACACAAUGAAUAUUAUAGAACAAUACCAAAAAAAACAAAAAAUGAAAAUAGAAAAAAAAAAAAAAAUAUUAUUACAAAAAAGAAAAAACGAGUUAAUAAAAAAAAUAACAUACAAGGAUGCGGAGACACAGGUUUUCAUUGACGAUUUUACAAAAUAUUACAGUGAAGUAAAGUCUAGUAUCGAAAAUAUAGUUCAGGAUGUCCUAAAUUCCGCUCUAAAAAGCCUAUAUCAAGAACAAGAACUAAACCAAAUACAAAAUAACAUAGGGUAUUACGAAAACAUCCGCAUACAAAAAUAUGGAUCCCUUGAAAAUGCUGAAAAAAGCUGUAACGCCUUUUACGACGAAACACAACAAAAAAUAAAAGAUAGAAUUGCUUUGAAAAAUAAAAUUCUAAUUAUAAUAAAAAAGAAAAUUGCUUUUAGUAAAGCCAAAAAUAAUAUUAAUCAUAUUAUUCAAAAAAAUGUAGAUUCAUUUUCUCUUUCAGAAUAUUUACCAACCAAAUUUGAGAAAGGUGUCAAUUUAAUCGUUUUACCUUGGUUAACAGAAUGCAUUCUUUAUUUAGUAAAUGUGAAAACAAAAAUCGUUAAUAAUAUUGUUUCAGAGAUGAUAGAACAAACGCUUAUUUCAAGGUCUGAGUUGCACAAGCAAAAUUCCAAUAACAUCAUAUAA